GACAGACGUUUCAGAAUCCCGUCAAUCAGUGUCAUUCGUCCUUUCUCAAAAUUUGAUUUGGAUUUGGAUAAGGCACCGUGGCCCCACAACAAAAAACCUCGAUGAAUAUGAAUUCGUAAAAUGACCAGUGAGAGUACACCGGUUACAGACGAAGACCUCUUCAAUCAAUGUCUCGACAACUUUUAUACCACCGCAAGCAUUCAAGGCCGUGUAGCCUAUUUGCUUAUGUCCGUUUAUGCAGUCAAUCCCAAUAUUUGGCACAGAUUUACAUUAUACAAUCCAUCACACAUUCUCUUCAGCAACAUGAUUUAUGGAGCUGCGGUUCACAUUUAUUCAAGACCAGCUAUGAGACCAAUAAGUGGAGGUAACAGAAUUGUUUUUAGUAUUCUAGGUUCAAUGAUGUUUAAUUAUUCUUCGAUGCUAGUCUUUGAAUUUUUAAAAGAAAAAUUGGAUCAUCGACCGAUAUUAUUAACAUUAUUGGGCUUCAUAUGCGGCCGAAUGAUGAUGCUCCAUUUUCUUUCCUAUCUUUACCAUGUGGAUCGUAUAAGUCGCGUGGAUAGGAAUUUUCGAAGAAAUCCCGCUUUCGAUAGUAUGUACUCCUAGUAAUGUGAAAUGUAAAUGUGGAGAGUAUUGUUUUUGACGAAAAAAUAUAACUGUGUCUAUUAAAAUGUUCCAAUUGGGAAA